AUGGAUCUGUGUGUGAAGAACCUUUUCCCCACAAAUUCGUUUUGCUACAGACCCAUUUCCGGAACAAGGUCUUGUAAUUCAUUUUACGAGAUCACACUUUUCACUCAACAACACCAUCGCCCUUUUCUUCUCACUGCUUCCGCCAAGAACAACAAUCACGGCAACUCUUCUUCUUCUUCUUCUGGUAAUGGUGAACCGUCUAUUCCAGGCAAUAAUGAUGGUGAUAAAUCAAACAACAACUCUCAGAAGCGUCAUCAGAUUAAUCUGGAUUGGCGUGACUUCAGAGCAAAACUAUAUAGAGAUGAGCUGAAAGAAAUAGAAGAUACUGACACACAAAAAGAAGGUGGUGGGACAAUACACGAUUCUAAACCUCUUGGAACAAAGUGGGCUCAUCCUAUUCCUGGACCUGAGACUGGCUGUGUACUUGUGGCUACCGAAAAGCUUGAUGGUGUUCGCACAUUUGAAAGAACUGUUGUUCUCCUUCUCAGAUCUGGAACUAGACAGUCACAAGAAGGGCCUUUUGGAAUUGUCAUCAACCGUCCUCUUCACAAAAAGAUUAAAAACAUAAGACCUACAAAUCAGGAUAAUCAGGAUUUAACAACCUCCUUCUCUGACUGUUCUCUGCAUUUUGGUGGACCUCUUGAGGCAAGCAUGUUUUUGCUAAAAUCAGGGGAAAAGUUGAAGGUUCCAGGAUUUGAAGAGGUAGUCCCUGGACUAUAUUUUGGAGCUCGAAACAGUUUGGAUGAUGCAUCAAGGCUUGUGAAGAAAGGGACUAUCAAGCCUCGUGAUUUCAGUUUCUUUAUUGGUUAUGCUGGAUGGCAAAUAGAUCAGUUGAGAGAUGAGAUUGAGUCAGAGUAUUGGUAUGUUGCUGCAUGUAGCUCAAGUUUGCUGUAUGAGGCUAUGACAGAUUCUUCCGAAGGUAUGUGGGAGGAGAUUUUACAACUGAUGGGUGGUGAUUACUCAGAAUUGAGCCAGAAGCCAAAGCAAGAAGACCCAUAG